ACCGACGAAAUUAUGCGUACGCUCCGCUUAUUUUUUAUUUAUUUUUUCGUAAUGCGAACCGAACGUUCGCCGCCCAUUAGAAUGGAAUGAAAAGUCGCACAAAGCCGGGAAAAGUGAAGUUAUUUACGCGAAUUGAAACUCGCAGUGCGUGCGAGCGAGAGCGAUAAUUAAGAUGAAAAUGCAGGCGACGCCGAAAUAAAAAACAAAAAAAACGUUGCAGCAACAACCAGCCGCUUCAAAAGCCAGAACUUUGAAAAGUCGAAGCUGAAUUUUCCCCGAGUUUUCCCGAUUUUCCGUUUCCCGCGAAUCUGAAAGCCGCGCUGCCGGCGUCGCUGUCUCUGCCGCCGUCGACGUCGUCGAUCCCGUUUCACGCGUCGCCGCUUCGUCUCGCCGUCUCGCUUGUUUCCCGCCCCCUCUCUCUCUGCCCCUCGCCCGACCCCGCCACCCGACCCUCCUACCAAAAGUACCCCCCCCCCCCAACCAAAAAAAAAAAUAAAAUCAUCCUUAAACAAAAUAUAAAAGAUACGAAAUAAAACAACAAACACACAGAGAGAGAGAGCGAGUGAGAUAGAUAGAUUGAGAGAAAGCCAAGUCAAGAAACGUCAUCAAGCGGCAGCAGCAACAACAACAACAGCAGCAAGCACAACAACUGCAACUGCAACCAAAACGGCAACCUCAUCAGCGACAGCAGCAACAAAAACAAAACGCAUUUCAUUGCCAAGAAGAAAAAAACGGUCAACGACACUGCAACAACAUUGGCCAACAGCAACAACAACAAAUCAGCAAUACUGAGAGACUGCACUAGCAACAACAACAACUGAAACAACAACCAACAAAUAGGAAAAUAGGAAAAUGCCCAAAUGCGAUGUGAAAACGCGCUACAUUCCUGCGACUUUCGCCUGGAUUGUGCUGCUUCUGACCACAUUUCUCUUCUUCUUCUAUCCCUGCCAGUUCUAUGUGAAGAGUCAUCCAUGGGUGCUGGCCUACCAGGGCGUGAUCACAUUCUUCGUGCUGGCCAACUUUACGCUGGCCACGUUUAUGGAUCCGGGCAUCAUCCCCAAAGCCUCGCCCGACGAAGACUGCGAGGAGGAGCUGCGCGCCCCGCUCUACAAGAAUGCCGAGAUCAACGGCAUCACCGUCAAGAUGAAGUGGUGCGUCACCUGUAAGUUCUAUCGCCCGCCACGCUGUUCCCACUGCUCCGUUUGCAAUCACUGCAUAGAGACCUUCGAUCAUCACUGUCCGUGGGUGAACAACUGCAUUGGCAGGCGGAAUUACAGAUUCUUUUUCUUCUUCCUCGUCUCACUGUCCAUUCACAUGCUGAGCAUCUUCUCGCUGUGCCUGGUCUACGUGCUGAAGAUUAUGCCCAACAUCAAGGACACGGCGCCCAUCGUAGCCAUUAUCCUGAUGGGCCUGGUGACCAUUUUGGCCAUCCCCAUCUUCGGACUGACCGGCUUCCACAUGGUACUGGUGUCGCGGGGUCGGACAACCAAUGAGCAGGUGACGGGAAAAUUCAAGGGCGGCUACAAUCCGUUCUCGCGCGGCUGUUGGCACAACUGCUGCUACACACAGUUCGGACCUCAGUAUCCCAGCCUCCUCAAUCCGAAGAAGUACGCAUCGCGUCGAUCUCAGGUGCAAAACCAGGCGAUCAGCACCAUUUGCAAUGACCGGAGCGGCCAGCAGACAGGCGCCGGGAGCGGUGCCGGCGGCAAUGGUACCGCCGCUGUAUCCGGUGGCGGCGGUGGAGUGGGCAGCGGUGGCGGUAUGCGCGGCACUGCGGUGCAGUACUCACCACGCUCCUUCUACGACGCGAGUCGCGAGAAGCGGGGAAUUCAGGUAAAGACAUAUAUGGCCGAGGGCAAUGGUUAUAAUCAACGGUCGGGCAGCACAACGCUUUACAGUAAGCUAUCGCCCGGACGAGAGUGCUCCGAUACAGACCUGGAGCCGCCGCCCGCAUCCCAGAGUCAGGACUGUGAACCGACGCCACCGCUGCAGCGGCACAACUCCAGCAGCUUCUAUCUGCCGCAGGUGAGCGAUUCUGGCGGCCUUAACGGCAGUGUUUCCACGGGCGGCGGAGGAGGCGGCGACUCGCCGCGCCACAUGCGUCUCUACCAUCCGCGUCACAGUCCGCAUGCGAGGCCCAGGGGUCUUGAUCCGCAGCGGGGCUACACGAGCGACGCCCUAUCGCCGGACCAUCCCGUUGGCUAUGGCGUUGGCGUCAAUGGAUCGCAGCAGCAACAGCAGCAGGCGCUGGCGGCGGCAGCAGCGGCGGCGGCGGUGGCAGCACAAAAUCAACGCAGCGCGACGACCACGGCCACGCCCACCAUGCAGCAGCGGAUUAAGCCGCUGGGCGUGGCCACGCCCCUCGUGAUGGCGAGUCCAGUGCGAAGUCAAUACUCAAAUUCUGAGAACAGUACUAAUUCCUAGGCUUAGCUUAAAGAAAAAAAAAAGAAACCAAAACAAUGAAGUCCAACAAGAAACAACCGAAAGAACCCAAGAAACAAAACUAAAAAAUACGAAUACCUUAUAAGUUUAUUAAAAGAGAGAGAAUAAAUAAAAGAAAAAAAACAAUACUUAAUAAGCAAAGAAGUCUGUAAGUUAAGCCCGAAACAGGAUCAAAUGAUAUCGAAAUACAGAGGGGAACAAGAGAAAAGUUAACUGAACCGGAAAUUGAACCAAAAACCGAACCGUUCCGAACCGUUUUGCACAUCUGAGAUAAACCCACUUUGUCGUCGUCGUUUCUUCCUUUCGCUCGCUCUUCGCUCUUCUUUCGACCUUCACCCGAACCACACUGAUCCACUGGCAACCACUUGAACCACUCGAACCACUCUGCAAGUGCACCCUGUAAACCGAUCCGAUCCGAUAAGUCGUUAUCCGUAGACCUACAUACUUCUACUAAAGCACCUACUUCUACUUUCUUUCUGACGCGCGAGAUCUAACCCGGGCACGCCCACUCAACCAAGACGACCCGAUUUCAUCGGACUGAACGCACAGGCGGUGGCGCAGCAGCAGCAACAGCAACAGCAGGCUGCGGCGGCUGCAGCAGCUGCCUAUUACGAAUACACCAGUGGUCUGCCGCCGCAACAUCCGCAGGCGCCCAGCAUUCAACAGCAGCAGCAACAGCUGCUUCUCCAGCAGCAGCGUGUCCUCAUGCAGCACCAGCAACAGCAGCAAGCUCUGCAGCAGCAGCAGCAGCAGCAGCAACAGGCGGCGGUACAUGCGGCACAUCCGCAACAUGCCGCUUUAGCGCAGGCGGCGUACGGUGGCAGCCCACAGAGACGCUUCCUCUCCGAGGGCGAACUGGUGCGCCAGGGUGCUGGAGGAGGCGUUGCCGGCGGAGAGUUGUCCUACGCACGAUCCAACAAUACGGUGGAUAAUAUACGAGAGCUCGCCGGCAGUCCGCAGCGCGGCGUUUACAUGUGGAAGGAUACGUCGCCGGGAUUCACCAACAACGCCGGACAGCAGCAGCAGCAACAGCAGCAGGCACAACAGGUGGUCAGCAGCGGGAUUGGCAGCAGUGCGGGCACGCUGUCCAGCAGCGGAGCCGCCGCCGGAGUGAUGCCGCAUGCCCAGUACAUGACGGCGGGCGGAGGAGCACAUCCGCUGAUUAUGACGCACUCGCGACUCCAGGACUACACCAUCCAGCAGCAGCAGCAGCAGCAGCAACAACAGGCGGCGGCUGCGGCAGCAGCCUCAUAUCAUCGCUCCAAUCCCACGAGUCCCACCACCAUGCCACAGGUGUCCGGAGCUGGCCAGAGCUAUAUACUGCGCUACGGAGGCGGCGGAGCGGUUGGAGCAGCCGGCAGCAGUGGCAGUUUAGCUAGCGUGACAGCCAGUAAUCCCGCCACUGGAGGCGGCGGCUAUCAGCCGGCAUUGCGCGGCGGAGUGGCCGUAUUUCCGCCCAAUCCUAUGGGAAAUCAGGGCGGUGGCAAUCUGCAGACGCAGCCCUCGCCACAGAUCAAGCGGAAACAGACGCCAACGCGACCCAUGAGCUUUGUGCGAGCGCUGGAGAUGGCCGACUCCAUGGAGAUGCAGUCACUGGAACAGCAGCAAAACGGUGGCAUUCCCGGCAGCGGGUCAGUGGGAAACAAUCAACAGGCGGGCGGCGGUGGCGGUGGUCACCUAAUGCAGAGCAACGCCUCCAAUUCGGGCACUCCGGAUAGAGCCAGCAUCUACGACAUGAACUACGAGAUCUCCGUAUAACCCGUGGUGGUGCCUGUGCUCCUGAUGCCACCCGCCAGCCAAGCUCCGGGGACAGCAGUCGCUGCUCCAACCGCUGCCGUUGCUCCAGCUGCCAUCGCCGGUCCACAGCCGCAGGGGCAGUUUUACAAUGCCCAACUGGAGCCGGCUGCCUAUGCCUGUGUUCCUGUCUUGCCCCUCAAACCGAUAAGCAAUGGAGUGGGAACCAAUAGUCAUCAGCACCAUCAUCAUCAUCACCAACAGCAGCAGCAUCAUCAUCACCAACGUCCGCACCAGAACAUCCACAAUCACAACCAGAUUCAGAACCAGAACCAGAACCAGAACCAGAACAAACGCAAAUUUUCAACCUUCUUUUAGGGAACUAAGGGAACUAGCCCUAGUUCGUGACCUUUUUUUUACGAAAUUAUUUGGAGUGGAGAGCAUGUAAGGGUGUAUCUAUCUAACUAGAGCUAUUUACACCAGAUGUGUGUGUAUAUAAGUUGCACUGCUGUUGUAGCUAUUGCUAAACUUUAAGUAAUUUUAUUAUGUAAUUUUUACGCUUUGUUAUUAUGAUUUAAAUUUUUUUUAAUGCACUUUGGAAGACGUUUUACACGAUCCGAUAUCGAAAGAAAUUAUUUAUACGUUUAAUGCUUUCUAUAUAUAAAUUGAUCGAUAACGAGAAAUUAGAGUGAAGAUGGAGAUAAGAAUAUGAGAUAAAUUAAACACGAGCAUGUGGAUACAGAUACAGUGCGUUUCAUGGGUGCAGGUAUAGUAAUUGGCGAAUAAAGCAAUUUGCGGAGCAAUUCACCGAGCUAAUGCCACGCACUGUAUUCGCCCUGCCGAUCUGCUAUAUCUAUUAUACAUAUAGUACACACAUAUAUGGAAACCUUUUGCAAUCAACAUGAAAAUCGCCAAAAUUUGUACGUGUUUGUGUGCGUGUGCCUGACUGUCUGUCUGUCUGUCUGUGUGUCUGUCAUGUGUGUGUUUAACAUUAGUCUUUAUAAAUUUAUAUCUAUUUAUGCCAUAUAUUGUAUAUAGGAUAUGCUACGUCAGGGCCCAGGUGCAGAGAAACUUUUGUCAUUUGUGUACAUAGGUGUAGAAGGUGGAGGGAGACGGAGGAGGAAACGAUUUGUGCUAAGUAACCAGAGAUUAUAUAAUGCGUUGGCGAAUUUAGCGAGUGUGUCCGGUGGUCCAUGAACUCCAGGAUCUGGACGAUGUCGUAUGUAUUUGCAACGGGUUGUACGGAGCAACACUCCUAAUCUAUCAUUAACUGUAAAUAGAAGCCCGUUUUGUAAGAACUACCUCCCCCUCCUCCCCAUUCCGCAGUCCAGUGAAAAGCGAAAGGUUAUGUCGUCGACCCGGGUACAGUGCGUUUCGAGGCUGUAUGUGCUUGUUUUAAUCCCCAAUCAUACGCAUUCAGCAACCUAAGGUUUCAUUCGAAGUCAUUCUGCAGGUUCAGCAAUCCACUUAGUUUCGUACUCAGGACCGCGAUUAGAACGAACGAAAUUUUGCAUUUGUCACAUUCACAUCUCUUCGCCUACAGCACCGAAACGCACUGUCCCCGGGUCGUCAAACACUCCCAGGCGAGAUUUAAUGUUUUUUUUUUUUUCUUCCUCAUUUACUUAGAAUCCGUAAGAGAGCCCUAAUCUGGAAUCGCGACUUUCGGCGCGUGUAACUUGAAUGUCGUCCACUUUAAAUCAGUUCUGAUUUUCCUGUACAUAAGUGUAAUAACGCAUGAGAAUUCUUCGGUUCGGACUACCAACUACGUAUAUGUGGUUGGGUACGCCUGCUUGCCUUUAAUAGGCCCAACUUUGUUGUUAUGUUUUUAAGUGAACUUAGCUUUUAUACUACCGAUCACCGUUGCCCUCGUUUUUCAAGUGUGUUGUUCGCCAAGUGUGUGUGUUCUUGGAUCAAUUCAAUGGCAUGUUUCAGCUCGAUUGUUUUAUUCCUCAUUGAAUGCAUAUGCAAAAUGCAAGUGGCAAAUUUCAAGCGAUAAUAUCUGUAAGAAAGUUAGCUAUAUAUAUACACGACACUCGAUCGAUCGAACGAGAGAGAGAGAAUUAUACAUGUGUAAGGCGAUCAAUCCCUAAUCCGAAUCCGACCCUCUUCCUGGCCACAUAGAUCAUGAGAAUUGUGCAAGGAUCAAAACUUGUAUAGACUAUGCAGUAAGGUGCGCGACAUAAGUGUCUGGAGCAGGCAGUUUCUUCCGUUUUUUUUUUUAUUUUAUUUUUUUAUCGAACAUUAACACUUCCAGUUGCAAGGAUCUUGGUGGCUAACUUAUACGAGUUAUACGAGGCUGUUCCCGUCACGAAUUUCGCACACCUUAUUUAACGGAUCAAGAGUAUAUAUUAUACACACGUAUAUUUAAGCGUUUUUUGCUAACACAUUAAUUCAUGAAUUUGCAACAAUAUUUAAUAUAAAUACAGAAAUGCAUAUACAAACGAAACAAAAAAAAAAAAGUGAAGAAAAAUCAUUAAAAAACAAAAGUGUAAUGUAAAAUGUAAUGUGAAUGAGAAGGGAAUGAAAUUGUUUUAGAUUUUUAUACCAAAUUUAAUUAAUGUAAAACCACGAAUUGUUUAUUUUUUUGUAUACCCCGUAAUCCCCGUCAGAAUGCGAGAAAUCCCUGCCAGAGAAAUCCUCGAGUUCGAAAUUGUUUUUUUUUUUUUUUUUUGUAUUGAAUACUUAUGUAAUUUGUAAAUUAUAUGACAAGUAAUCAAAUAGCAAGCAUAAACAGCAAGGCAAUUAAUAAACAAUACAAAUAAAAAUGCAAAACCC